AUGAAAGAAUCCCUAAAAUACACACCAGUGGGUCAAGUGUCAAGAUACACCACCAGUGUAUCUUUAUCUCUCAUUAGGGUCUGCUCUCAUCGUGUCAUUCUUGGAGAACAUAAUCGUGGCUCCAAUGAUGAACCCAUCCAGAUCCAAGUAGUUUCCAAGGUCAUCACCCAUCCUCUCUACAACAGUGUAACCUUCAACAAUGACAUUGCUCUGCUGAAACUGUCGUCUCCAGUCACAUUUACUCCCAGUAUCUCUCCUGUAUGUCUGGCUUCAUCAGGCGCCAGCAUCGUGCCUGGAACCCGCUGCUUCACCACUGGCUGGGGCCAGACUGCCAGCACAACGAGCCCUCUGAUCCUUCAGCAAACAGUUGUACCCAUCAUAAGUCCUGCUGUGUGCAGACAGAUCUGGGGUCAGAGCAGACUCACUGAUGCUAUGAUCUGUGCUGGAGCCUCCGGUUCCUCAGCUUGCCAGGGUGAUACUGGUGGUCCUCUGGUGUGUGAGAGUUCAGGGGUCUGGACUCUGGUGGGCUCUGUGUCUUGGGAAAGAAGCACUUGUGACCCCCGUUUCCCUGGAGUCUACACCAGCAUCUCCCAGCUGCGCUCUUGGAUCAACGAGACUAUUUCUUCCAACUAGAUCACCAGUCUGAAUAUUUAUUUUCUGUCAUUGUUUCCUUGUUGGUGGUCUUUUUGCUCAUGGGUUGGGUCAGUCAAUGACUUCAUGCUGAAGUCUGAGUCUUCAUCUUGUUUUCCUGUUUCAGCUUUACAGAUAAUGAAAAUGUUUCAAUAAAUGAGAUGGGUAAAAUAAAAUGCAAACAAAAAGCAAUGGAGAAUGUUGUAGAGUGUAUUUAAUGACAUGUAAUAUCAGACGGGUAAUAUCAGACAACUGCUCCUGACUAAACCUUUGUAACAUCAAAAAUGAUUAAUCUAUAUCUCAUUUAUAUAGUGAAGACUAUGCAGUUAUU